AUGAUGCUUCCGGAGAGUUCCAUUCUCAUUAUUCCAAUUGCUUCUGCAGUGGCAAGACGUGUUGCUCCGCAUUUCAGCAUCUUUCACCUAACAGCUAUCUCAAGCAUGUGUUUUGAAACAGCCUUCGUUGUUCUUUUUGGAGUGUGCAUUGGCCAGACAGUGAGAUCACAAAUCCAAAAGAAACGAAAGCCCCGACCAAACAGCCGAGGCUUCUUCCGAGCACUUCGAGAUCAAAUUCCCUAUGUGCGAAAAGCCCCUGGACCAACUUUUGUGACUCCCUACUAG